CAGAAGGUUUUCGCAAAUUGACGUGUAAACAUCCCUUCCCCUUCCCCGAGUCAUUCACUGGUGGCUUUUCCACGCCUGCUUUCACUUACUCCUUCUACACCGCUGCACCAGCCUCCCUUAGAAUAAACCGGAAUUCAGCCUGAAAAAAGCAAGGCAACAAAACAUUCUAACCUAUUUAUUAAGACUUUAUUUAUUUGCUUGUUUAUUUAUUUAUUUAUUUAUUCCCUCGGUUGCGUGCUGAAUCGGUCGGGAUCUUGUCGACGCACGCCUUCAUUUCUUCAUCCCUGGUGUUUAAUCUGAGAUGGAAGUGAGAUGUCGGGCUCCGGUGGCGGUGAUGAUGCUGCGCGCGACACUCGCGGUUCUGCUGUGCGCUGUGUGCGCGCGCUCCCAGCGACAAUACCUGAACGAGUGGGCCGUGGAGGUUCCGGGGGGUCUACAAGCUGCCCGGACCAUCGCAGAAGAGCUCGGUUACGAGUUAGUGCGACAGAUUGGGGCCUUAGAGAAUCAUUAUUUAUUCAAACAUCACUACCAUCCUAGCAGGACCAAAAGAAGUGCAGAUCACAUUACCAAAAGGCUGUCAGAAGAUGACAGGGUGUCUUGGGCAGAGCAGCAGUAUGAAAUGAAACGGAGUAAGCGUGCUCCGCUGGGGGGAGAAUGUAAAGACUGCUCUGUGGACAAACUCUUUGACGACCCCAUGUGGAACCAGCAGUGGUACUUGCAAGACACGCGGACAUCGCCGUCGCUGCCAAAGCUGGACCUUCAUGUGAUCCCUGUGUGGAAGAAAGGCAUCACAGGUAAAGGCGUUGUCAUCACCGUGCUGGAUGACGGCCUGGAAUGGAACCACACUGACAUCUACCCUAAUUACGAUCCUGACGCCAGUUAUGAUUUCAACGACAACGAUCCUGAUCCUUUCCCCAGAUACGACUCCACCAAUGAGAACAAACAUGGAACAAGGUGUGCAGGUGAAAUAGCAAUGCAAGCAGACAACAAGAAAUGUGGAGUCGGUGUGGCGUACAACUCAAAGGUCGGAGGAAUCCGAAUGUUGGAUGGAAUUGUGACAGAUGCCAUUGAGGCGAGCUCUAUAGGGUUUAACCCUGACCACGUUGACAUCUACAGUGCCAGCUGGGGGCCGAAUGACGACGGAAAAACAGUAGAGGGGCCGGGUCGUCUGGCACAGAAAGCCUUCGAGUAUGGCAUCCAGAAGGGCCGUGGUGGAAAGGGCUCCAUCUUUGUUUGGGCAUCAGGUAACGGUGGGCGUCAGGGUGAUAACUGUGACUGUGACGGGUAUACGGACAGCAUCUUCACCAUCUCCAUCAGCAGCGCGUCACAGCAGGGCCUCUCACCCUGGUACGCUGAGAAAUGUUCAUCCACCCUCGCCACCGCCUACAGCAGUGGAGACUACACCGACCAGAGGAUUACUAGCGCUGACCUUCACAAUGAAUGCACAGAGACACACACUGGAACAUCUGCUUCUGCUCCACUGGCAGCUGGGAUAUUCGCUCUGGCGUUAGAACAGAAUCCUGAUCUAACAUGGAGGGACCUGCAGCACUUGGUGGUUUGGACGUCUGAGUUCGACCCUCUAGCGAAUAACCCUGGCUGGAAGAGGAACGGCGCCGGUCUCAUGGUGAACAGCCGCUUCGGAUUCGGCUUGCUCAACGCUAAAGCUCUGGUAGACCUGGCCGAUCCCAAAGUGUGGAAGCACGUGCCUGAGAAGAAGCAAUGCAUCGUCAGAGAUGACACCUUCCAGCCCAGGCCUCUGAAGGCAGCAGGGGAGAUCAGCAUUGAGAUCCCCACUAAAGCAUGCACUGGCCAGACAAACGCUAUUGUCUCAUUAGAGCACGUGCAGGUGGAGGCAAGCAUUGAGUACACCAGGAGAGGAGACCUCCACAUCACGCUCACUUCUCCAUCAGGUACUACUACAGUGCUCUUGGCUGAGAGAGAGAGGGACACUUCCUCUAACGGCUUCAGGAACUGGGCCUUCAUGUCUGUGCACACCUGGGGAGAGAACCCUACCGGCACUUGGACCCUGAAGAUCACUGACACGUCAGGGAGGAUGGAGAAUGAGGGGCAGAUCCUAAGCUGGAAGCUGAUUCUGCACGGGACCUCUGAGAAGUCAGAGCACAUGAAAAAGCCGAGAGUGUACACGUCCUACAACGCUGUGCAGAAUGACCGCAGAGGAGUGGAACACAUGGAGGACAUGAUGGAGGAGGCCGCCAUCUCUCCUAACAAACCUGAGAAGCCCCAGACACCAGCUAAACUCACUUCCUCCACUCCUGACUCUGCUUCUGGCCCAGAAGAAAAGCCUGCUUUGUCCCAGGCUUCGUCCUCCCCCAAUUUAGCACUUCUCCACCUCCUCCAGUCAGCUUUUAACAGGCAGACCCCUGCCCUCUAUCCUCACUCCAUGGCUUCCCUCAGCCGAGCUGAAACCCGAGAGAGGAUCCCUAAGCAGAAGUUGUUCGAAGCCAUGGACUGGCUCAAACAGGACACAGUUCCUGAGAGCAACCUGUACAACGACUACAGCGACAACUUCUACAGAGCACAAGCCUAUCGGCACAGAGAUGACCGUCUGAUGCAGGCUCUGUUCGACAUUCUUGGAGGAGAGCAGCAGUGAGGUGCUGGAGAGGGGAAAAGAAGGUUAGGGGAAGGUCAGAGGAGUAGGUACAGGGGUAAAAAAAAAAAAAGAUGUAGUGAGAUAAUAUAAAGUAGAAUGAUGCAUCAUUUGGGCAAGGAAGAUUUGUAAUGGCAGAAAGUGAGAAAAAGCAUAUGGAUAAGUGGAUGAGAGCCAGGCACAGAACGAGAGAUUCACUCUUACACACACAUUUAUAGUUUUUGUCACCACCUUUUCUCACCUGUAAUCACUCUGGGGCCUAUUUGUGUUUUGUGUCUCAGUCCCAUCUACUGUGCCGUGCACAUGACCGGCUUUCAUUCCACAUCAUAUAUUGCUGCAUUCACAUCAACUCGGAAAAAUAUGAAACCUUCACAUUGCAUCUAAAAAAUCUUAAAAUAAUAUUGUAUAUUUUAUGACUCAUACAGUGCCUUGCAUAUGUAUUCACCCCCCUUAACCAUUUCCACAUUUAAUAGUGUUACAAAGUGAAACUUACCAUGAUGCUGCCACCACCAUGCUUCACUGUAGGGAUGUUGUCCAGGGUGAUGAGCAGUGUUGUGCUAAGAUAGCGCUUUAUACCAAGGCCAAAAAGGUAACUUUUUGGACCAGAAUACCCUUUUCCACGUUUGCAAAUACUCCAAUCUGCCUUUUGGCAAACUCCAAAUAGGAUUACACAUGGGUUGCCACUCUUCCAUAAAGCCCAGCUUUCACAUGUGUCUGGGGUAUGGUUGCCAUGUCAACAGCUGACAUAUGGUGGAUGGCCUCCACGAGGUAGAGUCAUGGUUGUGUCAUAUACGUUCCAUUUUUUAAAAAUGAAUUUAAAGGUGCUCUGCGGAUAUUUUUUAUACCAAUCCCUUAUUGAUAUUUUUUCCAGAACUUUGUCCCAGACUUAUUUUGAUAGCUCCUUGGUCUUCAUGAUGCUGUUUGUCUAUGUUCUCUAAUAAACUCUGGGUCAUGACACUUCCACUUAUGUCACAAUUAUGUGACUUCAUUUUUUUUUCUCCCUAUUUUGGUCUUGCCUGUUUCCAUCUUACUAGCUAACACUCUCCUAUCACACAGCAGCUACUAAUUGGGGAUGGUGGGGCAAAAACGUGCUUCCUCUGAGCCAUGUGAAGCCAAUCUCCAUAUAUUUUCAAACUGCUGCUCAUGCUGCAUCACAGGGUAGCGUAACACACUCAAAGAAGUGAGCUAUCUGCCCUCUUCUGCAUACACGAGUUAACAGAUGCCCACGAUUGUAAUGGGGAGAGAGAGUAAUGCAAUCCUUCCCACCCUGACAGGAUGGCAAAUUUUGUUCUCUUGAGUCCUGGCUAUGGAUGGCUGUGGCAUCAAACUCGAGAUCCUCCGACAAUAGGGUGACCGCUUUUCUGUUGGACCACUCAAGAGCCUCUAAUGGCUCAUACUGGUAAUACGAGAACUAAUUUCAGGGUUUCACAACAAUGGGGUGAAUACUUAUGCAAUUAUACCUUUUACAUUUUUUUAUUUGUUCGACGUGACAAGGUGAAAACUCUAACCCACAGUAAUUCCGACAUGACGUGAAUGUGGUAAUUGCCUACGGCUGGAUGUAUGGUGCUCCUUUAACACGCUGAUUUACUUCCUGUCAUGUGACCUGUGACCAUGUCCUUUCUCAUUCCAGGCCCUCUCUGCCCUAUAGCUGCUUACAUUAUGCUGCUUUCACUGCCACCACUUUCUGCAUGCGCUACUUCAAUGAAAUUUUCUUUAGAACUUAAUGAUAUAGUAUUCUAUUUAAUAUGCAAACGUGAUUAUAAAGUUGUGUUGUAAAUCUGUUCAGCCUCUCUUACGUUCAUCUGUUACUAAAAGUCUGUUUUAUUUCCACAAAUUAUUAAGAAAAAAACCUUAAACACAGAUAUGCAUACAAUUAACAAGAGAUUCAUUAGAUUCUUUAUACAGGGUAGAUAAUGUUUAUAAUUAUUAUCAAUUCAUUAUUGCAGUAUAUUUUGAUAUACCAGAGCUCAUCCCUCAUUUGGUUCCGAUCGACACUUUAUAAACUCAACUCUGCUCUAGUGCUGCAGUUUUCUGCAGGUUUUUUGCACAACUUCUUUUUAUCAAGCACCUCAUUGCACCUCACCCAAGCAGAUUAUUAAAAUGUUUAAUUUUCCAAGGCCACAUGGGUGAAUGGUUUGGAAAAUCCUCAAAGGAUUUGAGAACAAUGAAAUAUAAAAAGAGCUGUUAGACCGCCAUGGAAAUCAUGACGUAUGUAGGGGACUAUCAGCUUAUUUUGUAUAUUCAACAGUUCAUAAUAUGAAAUAAAGAUUUAUUUUUCUAUGGAUUCCUAGUAAUUUAUGCAAAUGAAUAGAAAACAUCUAUCGAAUCCUGCUAUACCUUGACAUCAUCUUACCUCAUGUAAGACCCGCUCUUAUUGCAGGUAGUUUUGUGUUAUGUGUGGCUCCUGAAUCACUUCAGAACUAUACAUGAAUAAAUCCAACAUAUUUAUUGUAAUAAAGACCUGAACGUUAUUGUCUAUGAUUGAUGUUAGUAAAACAAGCUUGAAUGCUGCAAUGUUUGCUCAUCAUGAUGCUCAGUGAAUCACCUGGAUCAUAUAUUCAUGAGACAAACGCACUAACACUUAUGUUUACAGCAGGAGUGUACCUCAAAAGCCUGGUUUAGUUUGAGUUUGCCUGGUUCUGUGAUUGUAGCCCCACUUCUCUGCCAGCUGAGAGAAUCUAAAAUUAAGAGAAUAUAACGAUGGAAAGAGAGAGAAUGAAGAACGUUCACACACAUCCUGUAAUUUAUUCAUUUUUCAGUGUAGUCAGUGUUUAUAUAUGUUGAUUGAUUAAAGUUGUUUACAAAAGCCAAUAUAGUUUCAAUUAUGUAUGAAUAUUAUAAUAUAUGGUUUUUCAUCUUAAUAAACUGUAAAGUUAUCUUGCAAGCGAA